AUGUUCCUUCUCGCGCAUGCCAUCGAGUUCUACUACAAGCUUCAAUCGCGCCUUCCGUGGCUGCUACCGCCUAUCAAAGGGGAGAUCGUGAAUGUGCAGCCGGCUCUGUUCGAUGUCGCAAUAGUUCAUAUCAAGAUUGACGACCCGCGUGCGCGAUUGCCGCCAGAAGAGGGAGGGUUGGGGUAUCGCGCGCCGUGGACGACGCUAGACGGCUCUCUCUUCGCGUCGAUGUCGUUCAACAGCAAUGUGUCCUUACCCGAUGAGGAGAAAGGAGUGGCACCACCUCACUCGGUACCUUCCGAUGAGGAGAACGGUGGGAGUUGGGGUGCCUUCAGCACUGGAAACAAUUCCUACUGCAUUCUGGCGUAA